GUCUUAAUUAUAAUACCUUUUAUAAAUCCGCGGACUUUAGUUCACCAAUUUCCACGAUAUGAUUUAAAACCGCAUACGCUUACUUGUCGUGCAGUCAGUGUCGCCUGUUCGCCGACGCGCCGGGCAGCGGAAAAAGAUAACAUUUGCCUGUUACCGAUUGUCCAUGUGAAUUUAUCUGUCCAAGCAUUAAUGUUCUAACAAUAGAAAAACGCGACUCCCGACAUUUUGAUACGUUGAUAUUAUGACGAUCCGGAGACGGCACUCCUUCGAGGAUUGUAUGGCGAAGUGGCAUCGGCUGCUUCUGUAAAACUUGUACACUUCCCACUUCCCGUUGUGCCACCUGUAACAACGAAAAUCGAUGGAACGUUGCGGCUACCAUACAGCUCUUAAAACCGGAAUCUGUUAUCCCGUAUCCACCCCCCAUUGGACUGCUUGCCUCUAUCAAGGGCGAUUCAACUUAUGCUCAUUCAGCGGACGGGAUAUAGAUAUAUAAAGUGAAUGCUGAACGAAGUGCAGUUCAACAAUAUGAAAAGUACGGUGGCGCAUGGCCCAUAACAAAAUAUUCUGGACGUUAAGGUAAUCGCAUACCUCUUCGCAAAUUCCCAAGGAAAUAUAGUCGCUCUUCGCGCAUCUGUUUCGCUGCAUCAGUAAUACUUGCAACGCUUUGACAGUGUGACCUUUCACUUUGCUCGACUUUUCUCUAUUCCUAAUUGUAAAAGGUCACGGUCAACGUCAACCUAGUAAUGGAAAGUGAAAAGUUCGCCGUAGCAGGCCGUCAGAUGAUAGACUAUGUCAUCCAAUAUCUCGAAAAUAUUCGAGAUAGAAGGGUAUUUCCAACUGUGAAGCCUGGCUUUAUGCGGGAACUGAUACCCGCAGACGCACCGGACAAAGGGGAAUCAUGGGAAGCUGUAUUCAACGACAUUGAGCGCGUCAUCAUGCCCGGGGUCACACACUGGCACAGUCCACGCUUCAACGCUUUUUUCCCAACAGCUAAUUCAUAUCCCGCAAUCCUGGCUGACAUUCUGAGUGAUGCGAUCGGGUGUGUUGGAUUUACAUGGGCUGCAAGUCCGUCUUGUACCGAGUUGGAAGUGGUAAUGAUGGAUUGGUUAGGCAAAAUGCUGAAACUGCCAAACGAAUUUCUUUCCUGCGGCGGUGGACUAGGUGGCGGAGUCAUUCAGGGCACUGCUAGCGAAGCUACGGUUGUGGCUCUCCUUGCAGCAAAAUCUCGAGCUGUGAAAAAGAUCAAGGAAGACCAUCCGGGUUUUACGGAUAUGGAUAUCCUGUCGAAGCUGAUGUGCUAUGCUUCAGAUCAGGCUCACUCAUCUGUGGAGCGGGCGGCUAUGUUGGGUGCUCUUAAUAUCCGCUUGAUUAAGAGCAAUGAUGACUUCUCAAUGAAUGCAUCGUUACUGGAGGAAACCAUAAAGCAGGACAAAGCAAAUGGAUUAUUUCCGUUCUACGUGGUAGCUACACUGGGAACAACUCCCUGCUGCGCAUUCGACAACCUGAUGGAAAUCGGACCGAUUUGCCAACGGGAAUCUGUGUGGUUGCACGUCGAUGCGGCAUACGCGGGAUCAGCGUUCAUCUGCCCGGAAUUUCGUCACUACAUGGAUGGUGUAGAAUUGGCUGAUUCGUUCAAUUUUAAUCCUCAUAAAUGGAUGCUGGUCAACUUUGAUUGCUCAGCUAUGUGGGUAAAAAAUAGCCCCGAAUUAGUGGAAGCGUUUAAUGUGGACCCAUUAUAUCUACGCCACGACAAGCAGGGUUUGGUUCCUGAUUAUCGGCACUGGCAAAUUCCACUGGGUCGGCGAUUUCGCUCCUUGAAAUUGUGGUUUGUUAUGCGCAUGUACGGAGUUGAAGGUAUCCAGCGACAAAUACGUGAACAAGUCGCCUUGGCUAAGGAAUUCGAACAACUUUUGGCUUCUGAUCAUCGCUUUGAGUUGGCUGUUCCCGUACGGAUGGGAUUGACUUGCUUUCGUCUGAAGGGUCCAAAUGAAUUGAACGAAAAACUGCUUCGACGCAUUAAUGAAUCCGGAAAAAUCUACUUGACUCCGUCUAAACUGCGAGAUAAGUUCAUUAUUCGCUGCUGUGUAUGUGCCUCGCGCACCACUUCCAAUGAUAUCGAAUACUCUUGGACAGUGAUUAAAGAAUUUGCUGACCAAAUUUUGGAAGAACAGCGUGUGGGCUCCAAAGCCGAGCGCUAAAGCGAACUGCGAAAUGAAAGACAUUCUCGUAAUGAGCAGACAUAUGUACAUUCUCGUAAUGAGCGGACAUAUGUCUAAUGGGUUUCUCAAGUCCGCAGUUGUCCUUAACGAUUUCACGAAAAUUAUCCCUAAUUAAUUACGUGCUAUAUCCGGUUUAAUUUUGAUCUGUUAUGUUACUGUAACUGUUCGCAGCUUUGGUUUAUCGUAGUGUUCGCAUUUUUAAGGUACUUUAAAAAUAUCUCAUGUGUACGUGUAGAUUUGUUCUGCUGUUACCAUCAACUUUGCUCUACAUAUAACGAAUGUUUUCAAGUACUACCCAGUAGUACUGUACUCAAAAAUACAUGCAUCACUAACUUGGCUGACCGCUAUGAGUAGAAGUCUGAUGGUGACAAACUGCAGUCUGCUUUAUUUUCACAAUGCCCAAGAUCAGUUUAUGUCCAGGAUCAGUUUGUUGCGAACAGUUUUUGUCCAGGAUCAGUUUGUUGCAAACAUACAUAAUAUUAUGCGGCCUGCG